CUCACGGACAGAAAGACACAGUAUCUCUCUCUCUCUUCCUCAAAGUCAUCUACCUUUCUUUUAACUUUCUCUCUCUAUAUAUCUCUUCUUGUCUUACCUGCAAGUCUGCGCUUUGCGAUUAACUGCUAUUAUACCUUCUCUUCUUCUUAUCAUCUUUGCUUAAAUUACCGUCCACCUUCUUUUCUUCGUCUUUUCAGUUCAGAUUGAUCGAAACCGUUCGAUUCUAAUUAGCUAAGAUGAUUAUACUUACCAUUGAAACUCCUAAAUGAUUCUCUUUCUCUCCUCUAUUUUUUGAUUUUAUGUAAAUUAGAGGGAAUAAGGGCGAUUAUUGAUUAAUUCUUAGUCAGUAAGGAAGCUCUAGUGCCGCAAGAAUGGCUGCUACCCCUCCUAGUAGCCGCUUGCAAAGUAUGUUACAGGCUGCGGUGCAAUCAGUUCAAUGGACUUAUAGUCUCUUUUGGCAAAUUUGUCCUCAACAAGGAAUCUUAGUAUGGGGAGAUGGGUAUUACAAUGGAGCUAUCAAGACAAGAAAGACAGUGCAACCAAUGGAGGUUAGCGCAGAAGAGGUUUCUUUGCAAAGAAGCCAGCAACUUAGAGAGCUUUAUGAGUCGUUAUCCGCCGGAGAAACUAAUCAGCCAGCAAGGAGGCCGUGUGCUGCCUUAUCGCCGGAGGACUUAACAGAGUCUGAGUGGUUUUACUUAAUGUGUGUGUCCUUCUCAUUUCCUCCCGGUGUUGGGUUACCGGGAAAGGCAUAUUCACGGCGACAGCACGUAUGGCUUACGGGUGCAAACGAGAUUGAUAGCAAAACUUUUUCUAGGGCUAUCCUUGCCAAGAGUGCUAAAAUACAGACAGUGGUUUGCAUCCCUCUUCUUGACGGCGUCGUUGAACUUGGGACAACCGACAAGAUUCAAGAGGACAUUGGUUUGGUCCAAAGAGUGAAGAGCUUCUUUACUGAGCACCACCACCAUCCUCCUCUUCCACCACCAAAACCAGCUCUCUCCGAGCACUCCACUUCCAACCCUACCACAUCAUCAGACCACCCCCGCUUCAACUCUCCUUCCAUCCCAGCCAUUUAUGGCGUUGCAGACCCUCCCACCACCAACACAAAUCCAGAUGACGAGGAUGAGGAAGAAGACGACGAUGAUGAGGAAGAGGAAGACGGGUCUGAUUCAGAAGCCGAAACAGGUCGAAACACUCGAUCAAUCCCUACUCAGGUUAUUCAAAACUCUCAAGCUGUAACAGAAGCAGCAGCAGUCGCAGAGCCAAGCGAACUAAUGCAACUAGAGAUGUCUGAGGAUAUCCGGCUUGGCUCGCCGGACGACGGGUCAAAUAAUUUGGAUUCAGAUUUCAAUUUAAUAGGGUCAGGCAACCCUGCUGACCAUCAAAGCCGAACUGACUCGUUUAGAGCCGAGUCAGCUCGGAGGUGGGCCUUGCUGCAAGACCCAUUGGGUAGUAGCCUUCAACUACCACCGCCAGGACCACCCCCAUUCGAAGACAUGGCACAAGAAGAUACUCACUAUUCUCAGACUGUCUCCACAAUCCUCCAAAGCCAACGGAUCCGGUGGGCUGACUCAUCCUCUACUUCUUACCUGGCAUACUCCAACCAAUCAGCUUUCACCAAGUGGACAAUUCGCUGCUCUGAUCACAUCCUCCACUUGCCCGUCGAAAGCACCUCUCAGUGGUUCCUUAAAUACAUACUGUUCAGUGUACCCUACCUUCACCACAAAUACCGCGAAGAAAACUCGCCCAAGUCACGUGACGGUGACGCUGCCAGUCGCUUCCGCAAGGGCGCUGCUCAAGAUGAGCUCAGUGCGAAUCACGUGCUGGCGGAACGGCGCCGUAGAGAGAAGCUCAACGAGAGGUUUAUAAUACUAAGAUCGCUAGUUCCAUUUGUGACCAAAAUGGACAAGGCGUCCAUAUUAGGAGACACGAUAGAGUACGUAAAGCAGUUACGUAAAAAGAUUCAGGAACUGGAGGCGCGUAACAGACAGAUGGAGAUUGAGCAGCGGUCGAGACUGUCGGAGCAGCCGCAAAGAACGUCUAGUUUGAAAGAGCAAAGGAGCGGAGUCACCGUAAUGGAACGGGCUAGAAUAAGUACCGGCUCCGGAGCUGCAUCGGAUAAGAGGAAGUUGAGGAUAGUGGAGGCCGGUGGUUGUGCGAAGCCAAAGGCAGUGGACUCAUCGCCGGCACAGUCGUCGGCAGACGUGGAAACAAAUGUAGAGGUUUCGAUAAUAGAGUGUGAUGCGUUGCUAGAGAUACAAUGUGCGUACAGAGAAGGGCUUUUACUUGAUAUAAUGCAAAUGCUGAGAGAUCUACGGAUAGAAACGACAGCAGUUCAAUCUUCUCUGAGUAACGGAGCCUUUGUAGCUGAAUUAAGGGCUAAGGUAAAGGACAAUGUUGGUGGAAGGAAGGUAAGCAUUGUGGAAGUGAAGAGGGCAAUAAAUCAGAUAAUACCCCGUGACUGACUUUUAAUUAUUCAUUUGUAGACUUGUUAGAUUAGGGUAAUUUGAGGGGAAAUCGACUGAUUAUUUGUGUAAUUUUAUUUAUUUAUUCCCUUGAUAAAUGACAGUAAAAUCAAUCUUAGUUGUGUAUUAUUGUAGGAUCGAAAUGUAAAUCCAAGAAUCAAUAACCUCAAGAGAAUGAGAGAUCAAAUCUUUUGGCUC